CCGCAUCGUGCUUCGUUUUUUUUCUUUUUUCUUUUUUUUCUUUCCCCCGUCCAGGAUCUUUUUGGCCCAGUGUCGGUCCCGAUGAUGAUCAGCAAAGUUAAAAACGCUAUGUCCAACCUGGUGGGAGGGAUGAUGCCGCACGGACACCAUCACCACCACAACCAUCACUCAGGUGGUGGCCAGAACUGCGGACAGGACAGCCUGCCGCCCCGAUUCCCCUACGGCCGGCCGGACUUCUUGGACCUUACCCAGGAGCUCCUGCAGUACUCCACGGAGCACGCGUCACGGCCGGUGCUCACGCUAAAGAGAGGCAGCAGGCUUCCCUGGAGGACGGGAUACGCAGAGGUGAUCAAUGCGGGGAAGAGCAUGCUGAACGAGGACCAGGCCUCCUGUGAGAAACUGUUUGUGAGGAGGCCAAGUGGUAAACACAGGAACUCCACUCUGCUCGAGGACAACGGGGAUGGCACAGGAAUCCCCAUCUACUUCUGGGGGGUGUUCGAUGGCCAUGCAGGUUCCGGCGCGGCCAUCAUGGCCUCCAAGCUAAUGCACCGCCUCAUCAGAGACCGGCUCGGGGAGAUCUGCCACCUCCUCGAGAACCCCAGCAGCACACCUCCCAUCUGCUUAGCCAAGAACGGCAGCCCGUACCAGGCGGAUGCGAAGAAGGGAGGCCAACAGGAACCGGAAGACCCCGACGCAGUCUGCGACGCCUCUGUGCGUUUUCACAUGGAGAAGAUCGUUAGUCUGGAGAGCCUGGUGAUGGGAGUCAUAGAGACCGCCUUCAAACAGAUGGAUGACCUUAUUGAAAAGGAGAAAGCUUCGUAUGCCAUUUCUGGUGGCUGCUGUGCCUUAACCGCCAUUCAUUUAAUGGGAAAACUCUACGUAGCCAAUGCUGGGGAUAGCAGGGCCAUAAUCAUACGAAAUAAUGAAGUCAUUCCCAUGACUAAUGAAUUCACACCGGAGUCUGAGAGACAGCGGCUGCAGUAUCUGGGCUUCCUGAGGCCAGAACUCUUGGGUAAUGAGUUCACUCACAUUGAGUUCCCUCGCAGGAUCCAGCACAGCGAGCUGGGGAAAAAGAUGCUCUACAGAGACCACACCAUGACUGGCUGGGCUUACAAAACAAUCAUCGAGGAUGAUCUGAAAUUCCCCCUCAUAUAUGGAGAGGGCAAGAAGGCUCGUGUCAUGGCAACAAUCGGAGUGACCCGCGGGUUGGGAGAUCAUGACCUGAAGGUCUACAACUCCAACAUCUACAUCAAGCCCUUCCUUUCAUGUGUCCCUGAGGUGAAGGUCUAUAACAUGGACGAACACAAACACGGUCCUGACGAUGUUUUAGUCAUGGGCACAGAUGGCCUGUGGGACGUCACCACAGACAAGGAAGUGGCGGAUGCCGUGUCAGCAUUCUUAACAUGCUGUGACCCGUCUGAUCCAAUGAGGUACACUCUGGCAGCACAGGACCUGCUCAUGAGGUCACGAGGUGUGCUGAAGGAGCGCGGCUGGCGGCUACCCAACGAGAAGCUGGGCUCUGGAGACGACAUCACCGUCUUUGUCGUCCCACUGGCAGGACACGAGUCAGAGACUUGACCAGUCUAAAUUGUAGCUGCCGAUGUGUCGGGGCCGACUCUUCAGGAUCCUUCCCACGGCCCCUCCGAGCAACCUGAACCCUGGACAGAUGUGGUGGUGGGAGAGGAAAACAUCUUAGUCGUAGAGAAGACACUGGUCUGAGCAGCACCUUCAUCAACUCUCUUAAAUCAGACCCAGUUUCUUCACUUCAGCUUAACUUGGAAUUAGUCUCCCAUUUUUCAUUGAUCCGUUCUAAUCAUCCAACAAUAAAAUGCUCGUUGACUUCUUCAGAGGUGAUAAAAAACCUUUCUUCCUGAACCCUCUGUUUGUGAAAAAUUGCAAGGUAUCCUUUUAGUAUAUUUCUCUCUCGUUCAGGUCCAAGACUGGCUGUUUUCUCAACUUUUGAAAUGCUUAUUGAUUUUAAUAUCAUGCCCAAAUCCUUCCGUCCCUUUUGUCAAAAAAAAGAAAAAAAAGGAUUCAUUUAAAAAAAAAAAAAAACUUCAGGCAAAUACAGUAAAGGGGGUUGUGGUUAGGAAUGUUAGGAAACCAAAGAGAUGCUGAGCAGGAGGAUCGAAAUCAAAUCAGUUACAAUAAAACACAAAGUUACAAUAAAAUGAUUGGGUAUUAUCUCUGUACAUCAGAGGAGCAUGGCCCAAACAGAGGCAGUUCAGUCUGUGUUGCAGUAUCUCCUUUUGAAUAAUGAAUGAAAGACUCCACCUGAUGCACUUGAAGAAUGUUGCACAUGCUCUACGGUAGCCUUUUGAUUUGCAUUAUCUUUUAAUUGAAUGUGCUCAUACUGUAAAUGACUUGUUUCUCAUUAGAUUCAAGAGACGAGAGGGCUUGACAAAACGUCGGCAAAGAAAAUAAAAAGAAGCAGUACGUUUUCUUUGACGAACCCUCAGAGGAGAAGUUCAUUUGUUCUCCAUAAAAGUCUCCGUAUAGUAAGAUGUGAAAAGCUUCACACAUAUGCCUUAUUGAAACAUGAAAGGGACUCAAGAGUUUCUCUCUUCCAAUGCACUAAAUCUGAUUCUAGUUAGAGGCAAAAAACAUUGUACGCCCUUAAAUGUACCUCAUACCUCUUUUGUACCAUUUUUUUUUUGUUAUAACAUGUUGUUCUUUAGAUUAUCCAUAUAUUUUUAAUGAUCACUUUGGUUGACAGAUGUUUAUUUUUAUGUUUCUAUCCAUAAAAGUCGGUGAGUCCCAGAAUCUGAGCUACCAGAUGUGUGGUGGAAGGAUGAUGUGUACCAGUUUAGAAAAAUAAAACAGCUUUUUCCCACUUGUUUUGAUGGUCUUUAUUCCUUCUUUGAGUCAAACCCCUCAAUUUGUCCUAAGAUAUUGAACCUUUAGUGCACGUAGAAACAACUGAGUCAGAGCUGUUAAAGGCAGCAUUCAUGCUGUUUGCAUGCGAGGAAUAAGGAAAUUCGUGGUUUGCAAUCUCUUAGCGUCGUCAAUAAAAACUUC